UACAAAAUAUUGGCGCGAAAGUUACUGUUUUGGUUACGCUUGCACUGGUGGCUGCAGUUAUCUACUUGGAGAUUAAUUAAAUCACUGACAACAUCCCAGACUCCUUGCAGUUAGCUAAGAUGCACAGGAAGAAACGCUCCUCCGUGGAUAAAGAUGAAACUUCUGCUUCAACUGACGCAUCAAAGUUCAAGAAAAGCCGGAUGACAGGGCGUCAGUCCUCCAAGGCCAGUGUUCAACACGACAACAACGAGACGGUGUUUAUCCAGUUCCUACGGGCUGCAGGUGUUUCUCUGAGCCAGGGUAGCGCGUCCAAUGAGCUGGCUGUGGACCAAGUUGUUUUCCAUAAAAGAUUGCAACAACAGCUGCGCAAGAGUCCGAGAUACCCAGAAAUUGUCAAGGAGUUCAUCACGGGGCUGGAAGCCCACAUCGAAGACCCCGCGAGAUUUAAGAACUGUCUCCUGCCGUGUGUUCCGCGUCAGGCGGAAGGAGCAUCAAGCUGCCUCAGCUCGUUCCAGGAGAGUCUCAUCCGUCUGCUGCUGGGAGUGGAGAUGCUUCAGACUCUAAUAAUCAACACGUUGUUUGAGAAACUUCCAGAGUUCAUGUUUGAUAGCUCUGCAGUGGAUGGCCUCAAUAUCCCUCGGAUCAUAGUCAACCAGCUGAAGUGGUUGGACAGAGUCCUGGACAGCAAUGACCUAACAGCCAAGCUGAUGCAGCUGGUCGCCGUGGCGCCCAUGGAGGUGCAGCGUGACAUCAUCACCAGCCUGCCGGAGAUCCUUGAAGACUCACAGCACACAGACGUGGCCAGAGAGCUGAACUCUCUACUCCAGCAGAACACCCAGCUGAGCGGGCCCAUCCUGGACGCUCUCUCCAGCCUGAAUCUGAGCUGCUCACUGCUGACUGAGGUGCGGGUGGGUGUCAUGGCCACCCUGAAGGCUGUGGAGCUGGAACAUCUUCCUGUGGUGGUGAAGUUCAUCCUACACUCCAUCUCCAGCUCUGACGCCUGCGAGGUGGUGUGUGACCUGCGUAAGAAGCUGGAGCUGGAUCUGUGUGUUCCUCCUGCCCUGCAGGCCUCGCAGAGCCACGGCAACCACAAGGCCACAGCAGGGUGCUCCUCUACGGCAGCAGCCAGCAGGCAGGACAGCGUGAGCAUGGUGCUGGAGGUCAUCAGAUCCACCAUGCGCUUCCACAAGACCCUGUCUGAGGCCUGGCUCAAGGCGAUAGAGAGCAUCGACGAGGCGGACGACCACAAGGUGAUGGACCUGCUGGUGCUGUUCAUCCUCCACUCCACCAACGCCAACCAGAGCAGGCGGGGGGCGGAGAGGGUCCUGAGGCAGAAGGUGAGGACCGGCCUGGUCCAGGAGGCUCUGCUGCACAGCACCUUCAGAGGCUUCGCUCAGGUGUUGCGGGGGUAUUUCCCCUCCAUCCUGGCUCUGGCCCAGACGCUGCUGCGCUCCCCUGACGCCAGCACAGUGCCCUUUGGAGGCUCCCUGUACACACACUCCUUCACCGCCUUCGACUCCUACUGCAAGCAGGAGGUGGUGGGCUCCCUGGUGACACAUGUGUGCAGUGGGGUGGGCGGGGAGGUGGGCGUGGCCCUGGAGCUGCUGUGUGGCCUGGUGGAGGAUCAGCCCUCUGAGAUGAGCCUCUACGCUGCCUUCAUCAAGGGUGUGCUGGACUACAUGGACAAUCUGAGUCCCCAGCAGAUACGCAGGUUGUUCCACCUGCUCAGCAGCCUGGCUGUCACACAGCAGCACCAGGCAACACACAUCCAGGAUGACAUGCACAUAGUGCUCCGUAAGCAGCUGUCCAGCCCGGUGCUCAAGUACAAGAGGAUGGGCAUCAUGGGAGGAGUCAUGGUGGUGGGGAGCAUGGGAGCCCACAGGCCCAGAGUGGAGGAUCCAGCAGGGAGCACGUUGUCUAAGGAGACGUACAGACAGGUGACUGCUCUGUUAGAGCUGGUCCAGUCAUGCAGCAGGAGUUCUCCCGAGGCGGAGGCUCUGUACUAUGAUGAGCUGGCCAACCUGGUCCUGACCCACACCCUGGACCCACAGGUGCAGACAUGGGUGGGGAAGAGCGUGAUGGAAGACUUCCAGAAGGACUUUGUCGUGGAUGUCGGAGGAGACAUGACAGGCUCCUUCCUGUUUCCGCCCUGUGAGAUGUACGACCUAGAGGAUGAUGACGACCAGAAGGAUUUUGCCAUCAACCUGCUCCCCCUGCUGGCGGUGGACCUGCAGCACAGAGACGACACGAGCAGCCUGCCAGGCAGGGCCGGCACAGAGCGGAGAGCGUCUCCUCUCUGCCUGGCUCCCUUCUUCCGGCUCCUGCGGCUGUGUGAGAGCCGGCAGAGCCAGGGAGACCUGGAGAACAUAGACGGCCUACUGGGCUGUCCUCUGGUCCUGACAGACCUGACUGUGCUGGAGAAAGCAGAGAGCCUGACCAGGCCAGAGAGAAACUUCCUCUGUGCUCUGCUGUUCUACAUCAUCAACUGGUUCAGAGAGGUGGUGAACGCCUUCUGCAGGCAGACGGACCCCGAGUCAAAACUGAGAGUCCUGACCCGUAUACAGAACAUCACUCACCUUCAGAGUCUACUGGAGAGAGCUCUGGCAGUGACUCCUGGCUUCACACCUCCUCUCGCCAACUUCGAUGGGGAGACCACCGAUGUGGUUCUGGCCUCUGGCUCAGCCGCACAGCCCAGGAAGGAAAAGAAAGAGAACACAGGAAAAAAGAAGAAAGCUGGGAACUCGUCCACCGAUGCCUCUCUGCUGGAGGAGGAAACAGAGGAGACCCAGCAGCAGGAAGUGAGGGAGCCCAGGCCGGGGGUGAGCCUGGAGGCUUACCGGCCGUUCUUCAGAGAGCUGGACCUGGAGGUCCUCACCCUGCUGACACGCCCCCUGCUGGACGCCGAGCUCAGCACCAAGGAGAGGGGGGGUGCCCAGCUGGGACCAGCAGAGCUGGUCUUCCUGCUAAAGGACAUGCUGUACAAGCUGGAGUUCAGCCUUGCCGCCGGCCCAGCCAAGAGACCUGUCUUCUUAAAGGUGAAACCAGACAGGACUGUGGGCUUCUCCCACCUGCAGCAGAAGAGCCCAAAGGACAUCGCCUCGUGCUGCGUGCGCCUGCUGCCCACCCUCUGCUCACACCUGCAGAACUGCCACACCUACUUCCAGACGCUGCUCUCUGAGAACCAGGGGGUGGUGGAUGGUCGGGGGGUGGAUGUGAAGGAGCACCAGCUCAUGUCUACAGCGUACCAGCUGCUGCUCCAGGUGCUGCACAUGACCUUCAGCUGGUCGGGCUUCUCCCAGACCCAGCAACGAGGUCUGCUGAAGGAAGCUCUGGGAGUGCUGGCUAGCCAGCUGCACAAGGGGGGCCCGGAGCCCACCCUGGACCAGCUCACAAGACGUGGUUUUGAGUACCUGCUGAACUUCCGCUGCUCAGUGCCCAGUCUGAGCUCAGCCCUGACGCUGUCCCAACUGCUGUCCGCUGUGGCUGGGAGGGGGCCCAGCCCUGCCGCAUACAGGGAACACACUGCCAGCCUGGCCAGACACUUCCUGAGUCAGGAGUGGAUCACCGCCAGCGGAGAGAGAGAGAACAAGUACAACGAGAGCCUCACGGCUAUCCUCAGCAUCUAUCUGGGCCACUGUGAGGAUGUUCUGAAGGCCAUCGAGGAGAUAUCAGGAGAGGGGAUACCCCAGCUGCUGCAUGCAGCCAAACAUGCCAGCUCCUCUAGCUGGCCCACCCUCACCAGGCAGACCUUCCUGGUCUUCUAUAAGGGGAUGAUGGCAGAGCUGGAGAAAGCUGUGAGGAAAAUCCCCCCGGGGAAACACAACGACAGCACUGAGGUCCAGAGUGAGAAGCUGCUGGUCUGGAACUUGGCCGUUAGAGACUUCCACUUCCUGGUCAACCUAGUCAAGGUGUUUGACAGCAGGCCGGUGUUGAACGUGUGUCUAAAGUAUGGGCGUCUGUUCCUGGAGGCUUUCCUUAGGCUGGGGAUGCCGCUGCUGGAUUUCAGCUUUAAAAAACACAAGGAGGAUGCUCAGAGCCUGCUGAAGACCUUCCAACUCAGCACCAGACAGCUGCAUCACAUGUGUGGACACUCGAAGAUUUGUCAAGCCACGGCGCUGACCAAUCACGUGCCGGCUCUGAAGAAAAGCCUGGAGCAGUUUGUGUACAGAGUCAAGGCCACGCUCACACUCAACCACUGUCAGGAGGCCUUCUGGCUGGGCAACCUGAAGAACCGAGACCUGAAGGGUGAGGAGAUCCUCUCCCAGCGAGCUCAGGAAAGUGAGGAAGAGGAGGAAGAUGAUGAACAGCUGCCUCAGGACCAGUCUGAUGACGAGGCACAAGAAAAGGAAGCUGAGAGGACUACAAAAAACAAAAGGAAGGUUGAUGUGAACGAGGAGGAUGAUGAUGAUGAUGUCACAGAUGACUCUGAUGAUGACUAGUUCAGGAGAACUGGUCUGUGUACUCUGUGAUCUACUGGUAGUACUGGUCUAGUACUGGUCUGUGUACUCUGUGAUCUACUGGUCUAGUACUGUACUGGUCUGUGAUCUCUUGACCUUGCAGCUUUGACACGCAGAUCCUCUGGAGACACAAAGAUCUGUUGUGCCUGUCAUUGAAAAAAAGUGCUGUAUUCUAUCUUGACACUAAUAUUGUAUGUGCAAUUAUAUUCUGUUGUAUUUUUUUGUAUUUAAUUUUCUGGGGGUGAAAAGAUACUUCGUAAAUCUGCAAAGGAAGAAAGUUUAUCAGAUGGAAAUGAAACUAUAAGCUCAACAGAAUAUUAUGCAUGUGGAGUUCUAAAGAAAAGUUAGCGAAAGCCCAUUGUAUUUUUUGUUAAUUGCAUUUGAAUGUUUUAAUCAAUGUUUGGAAAUGUGAGAGUUUGAAUUAUUCUAUCAAAUAAUAAAACAUUACAUUUAA